AUGGAGGUGCUUCUGGACUAUGCGCCCGAGAACGAGAAAACGCAAGACAAGCGACUCCAAAAGGAAGCAAACACCCAGGAAUUUGCUGCACAGUACGCCAACACACUACUACACAGAGAACAGGCGUUCUCUGCCUAUUGCAGCGACGACACAGACGAUGGCCGCCGCAUGGACACAUGGAUAAACGUGUUCCCCGGAACGGAGGCCUACCCGACCGCUAUUGAGAUACGACGGCUGACACAUGGUCUCGUGGAACGCAACGUUGACGAAUACGGCAGAUACUUAGGAGGUGAGAGGUCAACAGAUGGGUUGACUUCAAAGACUAUGGCCGAUUACUCAAAGCUGUUGGAUUUUACAAAAGAGCAUGGAAGCGUAAUCCGAGAGUCCUGGUCGAAAUUGAGGGUGUCUGAGCGCCAACAAGUUCUGAGAGACGUUGAUCCUGACAUACCGAUCGUCCAUCGCCCAGAUCUGGCGUUCGCAGCGAGACAUGUGGAAGGACUUUACGCGUCAGACCUAAGCCGACAUCGAUUCUUUGCGUCUGACCUUGUACGAAUGCCGUACAUCAACCUUCAAGACCUCACGAGUAGACCAGAAGCGAUGCUUCUGCUUUUGCACUACCGCACCUGCCAGCUCCCAGCAGCAUUUGCUCAUGCCGAGCUCCUACAUGCUGCCUGCUACCAGACGAGCGAGGAAGAGCACUUCGCUUGCCUUCAAGGGUGGGCGACAAGCUUCACCGGCCAAGACGAACAUGAUUACGGCAAGAUGAUUCCGUACAUCAAUCUGAACGAAGCUAGAGCUCGGAUUGAAGAUGGCCUUGCGGUCCACCCGGGAGUAGCUGUGACGGUCCUACGUACACAGCUGUAUCUCUAUCGCUUGCUCCAUCGAAUUUGCAAGCGCAUUUUGGCGAGAUCUCUUGGACUCCAGCCACCCCCACGAAGUCUAAGCAGUUGUAUAUUCUUCAAUCUUCAAGCCUUCGACACUUCACCACGUGGCAUGGCCAUGAUUGCUAUGGCGCCGUUCCUUGGAGCUCAAGAUCUUAACAUAGAUCGCAUGAGGCUCUUGAUGUCCACAAAGAUCGACGAGUGCGCAGAUCAUCUGGGUUCGCUCAGGGAAGAUCCAGCGUAUUUCGCCGAACAAUUCGAGAGUCAACGAAAGCACUGCCUUGCUUUGAUCAAAGACGACAUGGGCAGGACAGCGCCACCAGAGCUAGACUUGCCGGAUAGCGACUCUUUGGUCGUCCAAAAGUUAAUGGUAUCCGCCUACGAAGCACUCAUGUGCUGGACCAGCGCAUUGGUGUUAGCGGACAAGGUCAAGGAUGCCAAGGCGAAUCUGCCAACAACGGAACCAGGUGAUGAGAUUCCUUUGGCAUAUAGGGAAGCGAUCAAGGAUCUUUGGGCGUUUCUCCACGACAUGCUCGACCACAGAAUGAUAUUCUUCAACGCCGGUAUUCAGGCGGCUCCGUCCCUUCGAGCCUACCAGCACGCCAAGUACGAGGUUGAGAAUGGGGAGGCUCUCAUGCGCCUAAGACCAAAGACCGAAGUCUAUCUAGAGCCUCAAAAUCCCGUUCACCGCUUCGUAGCGGGCUCGUAUCGUCUAACGCAUCACGUCAACGUCCCAAUAGAAGGGUACGCCCACAUACUGGAGUAUUUCGAUCAUCUGGCCAACACCCACCAAGAGGUCCGAAACGUUAUCACACCCUUCAUCGCAUACCAACUAUCAGAAGUCUCGCUCAUGUCUGCAUGUAUUCACCAUCUACAUUUGUAUGCACCAUGGUCAAGAGCGAUCCUGCGUGAUCUGGAUGCAGGGCUGAAGUCGGGAACGAUCUCUAUUCCCCAUCCCUGGAAGCAGUUGAACAAAGUAGAGUGGGGCGUAAAGCUCACGAAAGCUGCCAAUCCAUCAGAUGGCAAGUUUUAUUACCCAUCGGACGAGCCGACCUCGCAAGCAACUGUCACCGCCAUGCAGGCAGCUGAAGGCAAGCUUCGGAGGUUCUGGAGCAUGUUCUUGACCGAAACGAAAAGGAGGUGCAACGGCCGCGACAUCGACUCCUUUGUUGAUCACCCAAUCAUCAAGGCACCCAUCUACAAAACCGGUGACCUGCCAUCGGAAAGCAAAUCCGGUAACGACUCUCAACAGCACAUGAGUCAUCUGUACCUUCCGCUUAACCAUACGUCUCAUGACCCGAAGACCGAAAUAACGGGAACAUUUCCCAGCUCCAAGAUCAUGCAAACGACCUCGAAGAAGCAGCGUAAGAAGGCCAAGAGAAGCGGCAACGUCGAACCCGAGCCACUCGCUAUCGUGCCAGUCCCGAUAGAAGAGCCAAUCUUACCCAAGAUCGCGGUCAACAGGCGCAGCUGGAAGACACUCGAUGCCAUGUUCCGCGUGUCGCAAGAAGUGCCAUGGUCCGAUUUCCUACAUACCAUGACCGACAUCGGCUUUGCUUCCCAGAAGCUCCUGGGCUCAGCGUGGAUGUUCAGGAACGAACGGAACCAAAAGGCUCAAGUCCAUGAGCCCCAUCCAGAUAGUAGGCUAACGCCUAAGCAGGCCAGACGAAUCGGAAGAAGAUUUGGCCGCAACUGGAAAUGGUCGAUGGAGAGUUUUGAGAUUCGUGGCGUGAAUGGCAAUGGAUAG